AAUGUACUGGGAAGGGGAAUGAAAUUACUCUGAAUGAUGAUAUAGCUCAAGAAGAUAUGCUGACAAAAUAAGGCACUAGCGAAACCAGCAUUCUUAUAAUGAAAGUAGGGUUUCUCAGUAUCUGUCGGUCUGUGGCACUGAGCCCUAUAAAGACCGUAACCGCCGUGCCCUCCCGUCUCUAACGCCAGAUGUGAGCAGUGCCUCUUUCGCGCUACAGCAGCCUUACUUUCGGAUUGGUCAGUAACCAAGCGCUUGGUUCUUCAAAGCACUGAGAGAGUUACUGCCGAGAAACCUAGCGACUCUCACCAAAGACCGCGAACAGCCUAUUUCAAGGGGCCUGGCUAAGAGCUGAGUGAGUGGAAUGGCCGGGACUGUCGUUGUUUUGAGUCAAACUCACUGUGCUGGGCCCCACAGCCUGGUACUGUGUGGGUGCUAACAGAGAGGAACAAAGCAUGUGGACCACGUCUGCUAUGACAGUCAACAUGUCUGAGCCAGACCACAUUAACUGCACCAUCAGCCAUGAGAUCCACCAGUACCUGUUCUCUGUGGCCUACAUCCUGGUUCUUUUGAUUGGCGUUCCCACCAACGCCUACUCCCUCUACCAUGCCUGGCUUCAGCUGAGAGACAAGAACGAGCUGGGGAUCUACCUGCUCAACCUGACCGUGUCAGACCUCCUCUAUCUGGCCUCUCUGCCUCUCUGGCUGCAGUACAUCUUCCAGGGAGAUGACUGGAGACAAACUGAGUGGCUUUGCCAGCUGUGUGGCUUCCUGCUCUAUGAAAACAUUUAUGUUAGUAUCGGAUUCUUAUGUUGUAUCUCUAUAGACCGUUACCUGGCCGUAGUGUACCCAUUCCGCUUCACAGCUUUUCGAAGUAUGCGGGCAGCCACGUUGGCCAGCGCCUUCAUCUGGCUGAAAGAGAUUGCUGUGGGUGUUGUCUUUUUCAGACACAAGGAGCUAAGCAGGGACAGCACCAACCAAUCGGUGUGCUUUGAGCACUACCCCAUGCAGCCGUGGGAGUACCCAAUCAACUACUACCGUUUCGCCGUUGGCUUCCUGUUCCCACUAGGCAUCCUGUCCGUGUCGUAUCUCCGCGUCCUGCGGGCGGUCGGAAAAAGUGUAGGCACGCAAAGCACCCAGAAAACGCGCAUCAAGAACCUGGUGACCAGCACCAUUGUCAUUUUCCUGGUGUGUUUCUCUCCAUACCACGUGUUCCUGCUGGUGCGUACCAUCUUAGAAAGAGACUGCCCCUUCAUCAUCAACAUCUUCAACUACUACCACGUCUCCCUGCUGCUCACCAGCUUCAACUGCGUGGCCGACCCAGCGCUGUACUGUUUCGUCAGUGAGAGGGCCCAGCAGGGUAUCCAACAAGCCCAGGAGGCCUGUACCCAGGCCCUCUGCUGCUGCUGCCACAGGGGACAGCACAGCCCCGUCACAGCCACAGGUACAGACUCCGAGGUGGCCACCUCCAACGAGAACAGAAAAGUCUCAGUCACACUGCUGACGUCUAGUAGUAAUAUUAAUAAUACAUGGGUUUUAUGAAGCUCUUUUGAAGGACCUAAAGACACUUGAAUAGUAGACUAGGAGCUAGGGUUGUAUUUGGAUGAGAGAGAAGGUCGGGGAAAAAAUACAUACAGUGACAGGACAUUGGACAUGAGACAUUGGACAAUGAUAUGAUUAUGGGCAGUCCCAUGAGCAGUAACAUGUGAAGUUCAUCGGAGCCCAUCAAAUUUGCUGUCAAAUGAAAGCUAAGAGUCUAUAUUUUUGAGAAAUUAACUUAUAUAUACAUUUUUCAACCAUUUCCAAUGCAAAACGUGGAAUAAGCAAAGGCUUUGAUUUCUGUUCAACCAGAUAGAAAAGGGGUCUUAUAAAACAUAUACCAGAAAAAGUCUUAAAGGUAUUAGAAAUACAUCAAAACCCAGUAAUGCUGAAGUAAAGACCCUUCCAAGUAAUAUCUAUAUAUUUAUAUUUAGUUUUGCAGAAAAGUUUUGGCAUCUGUAAGUUUAAGGAAUAUUGCCUUGUGUCUUAUCAUUCUCUUGCCAGAAACAUAUCUUUAAGAUAUUUUCUAAUUUCUCUCCCUCAUGAGGAGGGAGGAUAAUGAAAGUUCACAUAAGUAACAAUUAAAGGUAGACCUACCGAUUUGAGUGUUUUUACUGAUAACAAUUUGGUUUAUGAUUUAUUAAGUGAUUUAAAACAUGUCAUUUUGUUACCAAAUUGGUAACGGAAUGACUUCUCCAGUUGAAGUCACUUCUCCUGGUUCUUAUUGUCACCUAGCCAUGACUCUCAUGAGCCCUCUCUAUUUCCAUUUACUGUAACCAGCCCUCUCACCCACUGAGCACCGACGGACACCGGACGUCCAUGGACGUGGAAAACUGGUUUACAUUUUGUCAGUCCAAAUCUAAACCAAUCAUAGAUGUCUGUUUCUACUGUACUGUACUGACCUUUACUAUGCUGAACUAUACUGUGCUGUACUGACAUUUACUGUACUCUGCUCUACUGUGCUGUAUUUUGGUGCUGUACUUUGUUGUCCAAACGUGUGAAACAAUGACGUCUAUGAUUGGUACAGAUUUGGUCCGAACCGGACCAACCAAAUUUGGUCUUGUUUGGGGCCAGAGCUCAUCAGAAUAAUAGCCAUUGUGUAGAAUAAUGCAUUACAUUUGUUCUACCUUUGUGUACCUUUUCAAGAUACAUCACAAUGAGGAGAAGGACAUUCAUAAUUAUGCACUUCUGUAUAGUACAGAUCAUGGUCUCAUGAUGUGACCAUCUGUUUCUGGGUGUUAAUCCACUUCACUUACUGUAUGUAGUUCAAUAACCAAAGUAGAUUUUUCUUUUCAAACUCAAGUUGUCAUAUCAUAGCUGACACCGAUUCUUUGAAUCUUAAUUUGGAGUAAAACGUGGUCCAAAAAAACUGAGGGAGAUUAUAUUGGCAUUCUGUUACCAAACUUUACAUCUGCACUGUUCUUUGAGGUAAUGUUUUUGUAAAAUAUUCAGUGGAAAAUGUUAAAAGUAGUCCUUGUGCAUAGAGCUGUAUGCUUUGUUGAACUUUGCAAUCAAUAGUUUUUGUCUGGCAUACAGUCUGUGUCAUUCUGUUACAGUAGCCUUGGACAUAUGACAUAGUAAAAGUGUUAUAAUUAAGGUAAUAACAUAUGAAUAUGAUGCUUUUUGUUUUUUAAAUGAAUGUUUAAUACUUUCUUUAACAUGUGCAGGCACAGGUGAUGCUGCCUUGUGUAUAAGCUUGAGUUGAAAACUAUCUUCAAUACCAGGUUCUUUCUGCAACAUUGUCAGGUUUUUAUCGUUCAUCACAUUAUGUAAUAUUCAUUGUGUGUUUUUGGUUUUGAGAGUGACUCUGAAUUCAUACAACAUAUCAGCACAGAUUCGACAUAUCAGCACAGAUACGACAUAUCAACAUAGCCUCUUGAGCAAACUUAUCUCUAUUUCCUGUUUGUUUCUUUUUAAGUACACUGAACAAAAAUAUAUAAAGUGUUGGUUUCAUGAGCUGAAAUAAAAUAUCCCAGAAAUGUUUCAAACACACAAUAGCUUAUUUCUCUUAAAUGUUGUGCACACAUUUGUUUACAUUCCUGUUGGUGAGCAUUUCUCCUUUGCCAAGAUAAUAAUCCACCUGACAGGUGUGGCAUAACAAGAAGCUGAUUAAACAGCAUGAUCAUUACACCUUGUGCUGGGGACAAUAAAAAGUCACUCUAAAAUGUGCAGUUUUGUCACACAACACAAUGCCACAGAUGUCUCAAGUUUUGAGGGAGCGUGCAAUUGGCAUGCUGACUGCAGGAAUGUCAACCAGAGCUGUCAUUUUAGAGAAUUUGGCAGUACUUCCAACCGGCCUCACAACUGCAGACCACGUGUAACCAUGCCAGUCCAGGAUCUCCAGUACUGGCUUCUUCACCUGCGGUGUUGUCUGAGACCAGCCACUCGGACAGUUGAUGAAACUGUGGCUUUGCACAACCAAAGAAUUUCUGCACAAACUGUCAGAAACCAUCUCAGCGCAGCUCAUUUGUGUGCUCUGCGUCCUCACCGGGGUAUUGACCUGACUGCAGUUCUGCGUCGUAAUCGACUUCACUAACACGCUGGAGAAGUUUGCUCUUCACGGCUGACUCCCAGUUUCAACUGUACCGGGCACAUGGCAGACAGCGUUUACGGCGUUGUAUGGGGGAACGGUUUGCUGAUGUCAACGUUGUGAACAGAGUUCCCCAUGGUGGCAGUGGGGUUAUGAUUUGGGCAGGCGUAAGCUACGAGCAACGAACACAAUUGUAUUUUAUCGAUGGCAAUUUAAAUGCACAGAGAUACCGUGACGAGAUCCUGAGGCCCAUUGUCGUGCCAUUCAUCCGCCGCCAUCACCUCAUGUUUCAGCAUGGCAAUGCACGGCCCCAUGUCGCAAGGAUAUAUACACAAUUCCUGGAGUUGUGAAAAUGUCCCAGUCCUUCCAUGGCCUGCAAACUCACCGAUUAGAGCAUGUUUGGGAUGCUCUGGGUCGACGUGUACGACAGUUUUUCUGAUCCACACCCCUACCUUUUUCUUUUUAAGGUAUUUGUGACCAACACAUGCGUCUCUGUAUUCCCAGUCAUUUAAAGAUUAGGGCCAAUUUAAUUUAUUUCAAUUGACUAUAUUCCUUAUAUAUAAUGUAACUCAGUAAAAUGUUUGAAAUUGUUGCAUGUUUAGUUUAUGUUCAAUGUACAAGUAGUUAUUAUCUUAAUAGGUCCUCUGGGAUUCUUGCUGCUCAAUAUAUGUGAAUUGCUCCCAGUUUCAGGGGUACGUAAGGAUUCCUCAGCUCAGAUUCAUAACUGAAGGUGUGUGGAGAGCAUAGACAUACAUCAUUGGUUGAGAGCCUUCAGGGAAGCAUCAGCACUGGGUCAAGCUCAGUAGUAACCCAGAGGUCUUGACUUACUUGACUUCUGUGUUUAGCAUAAGUUGUUCACAGUGUUCUCUACUGCACUCUCUUUCCCAGGGGUUUGCCCUGCCCCUGUUAAGGAUGUCUUAGUUGGAACUGCCCCAUGAUGCCCCCAUCCCUUUUCCCGUUCCCAUGUCUUCCCAGGCCAUGUCCUGGCCACACAGCCUGAGUAAUUUUAGGUUAAACGACCCACAUGGGAACUAACGUAGCUGACCUUUCACACUCUGCACAGAUUAUUUUCUGCUGCAUGUUUUCCCUCCUUACAUUAGGAGUUUGGUUUUAAAGUACAACAUCUCCCCAGAACAGAGAGAGAGAGAGAGAGAGAGAAAUAGGCUUUUCUAUUGUGAAUUAUGCAGUUGUAAAUCAAUGAAAGAUGGACUGGUUGCUCUAAGCGGUCAAACAUUGAGACAUUCAGAGUUCAUAAAUCAAAGUUUCAAAGCAGAACAAGAACCCAGGGGUCAAUCAAUUCACACCGAAGGAGCCAGUGUAACAAUACUGUUGACUCUUUAUAUAACAUUUCACAGGGGCUCUAAUGGGAUCAAAUGUAAUUUGUUUAAAUGUUUUAUGUUUAACCACAUCAUGAAAAUAUGAACAUAAAUCUGUAGAGCAAGUACUGUAACCAAUUCAUUGGUUUAAUGUUAUUUUCUCUUGCUGUUUGGGAGAUUUGCUUUGUGACCAUGCAGUCAUGCCUGGCGUUAGCAGUGACACACUGUACUCAGUGAUGCAUGAAAUGCCUUCUCGCUGCGUGUUUUUCUUCUUCUGCUGAAGUUAUGACCUCUUGCUGUUUCCUUUCAUAUCAGUUUGGUCGGAAAUGUUUUCUUCACAUCUGUCUCAUAUAUCCGGCAAUACCUCUGGUAACCCGGCACAUAGUGGUUAGCUCGACAAGGUGAAGGAAGUAGAGACGCUGUUGCACCCUCUUGCCAAGUGUGGUGAUGGUGUUGGUUCAUGACAAUGUGGACACCGAGGAACUCUCUGAAAAUGUCCCAUUGAUGUGGAUCGGGGCAUGUUCCCUCCAAUGCUUCCUGAAGUCAACAAUCAACUCCUUUGUUUUCUGACGAUGAGGGAGAGGUUGUUGUCAUGAUGCCACAACACCAGUUCACUUACCUCCUCACUAUAGGCUGACUUGUCGUGGUUGGUUAUCAGGCCUACAAUCGUGGUGUCAUCAGCAAACUUGGUGGAGUUGGUGUCGUGCAAAGCCACGCAGUCGUGGGGUGAACAGGGAGUACUGAUGACACACCGCUGUGUUGAGUCAGUGUGGAGGAGGUGUUCUUGCCAAUCCUCACAGCUUGUGGUCUGCCUGUCAGGAAGUCCAGGAUCCUGUUGCAGAGGGUGUCCAGACUCAGGGCUCUGAGCUUGGUGUCGAGCUUGGAGGGAACAAUAGUGUUGAUUGCUGAACUGCAGUCAAUUAACAGCAUUCUCACAUAGGUGUUCCUCGUGUCCAGAUGUGUUAUGGCUGUGUGAAUAGUGAUAGAAAUGGCAUCUUCAGUGGAUCUGUUGUGGCUGUAGGCAAAUUGGAGUGGGUCCAGUGUGCCUGGCAUGCGGCCUUGAUAUGGGCCAUGACCAGCCUCUCGAAGCACUUCAGGAUCACAUAGUUGAGCACGAUGGGACAAUAGUCAUUUGCGCAUGUCACGUAGUUAUUUUUGGGCACUGGGACGAUGGGGGUCUCCUUAAAGCAAGUAGGGACUACAGCCUGGGACAGGAACAGGUAAAAGAUUUCAGAGAAGACGCCCGCUAGCUGGUCAGCACACACUCUGAGGACACAGCCUGGGAGACCAUCUGGGCUGGCUGCUUUGUGAGUGUUUACUCUAUUGAGAGUUUUCCUCACGUCAGGCUCAGAGAGCAAAAGCACCUGGUGGGCGAUAGGUUCAGUACGCAUCACUGUAUUUUGUAUCAGAACGUAGGCUUGCACUCUUUGAAGUAUCGUAGAUUGUCGCAUUGCACUCUUUGUUUAUAAAUCCCUCCUGCAUAAGCUUCCACCGUACCUUACUUCAUUGUUAACAGAUGUACGAGAUGCCAGACCCUGUCUCAUGGAUGGUUAACUCUGGAGAUCCCUUCAGUUGGGUUGAUCUGCUUUUAGUUUUUAUGGAAGAACUUAGGUAAAAAUACUUAAGUUCUACUUGACUCGUUUUUGGGGAUAUCUGUAUUUUACUAUUUUUAACAACUUUUACUUUUACUCCACUAUAUUCCUAAAGAAAAUGUACAAUAGGUGUACUAAACAAAUUUGCCUCAAAGACCGAUAAGGGCCAUCAGAAUAGAUUGUCUUUCAACAUUUUGGAAAACCAUAUAAUGCCAAAUUCAGUAUGUGGGCCCAUGCUACAUAUCUUAACUUAGUUUGAGAAAAGCUAAAGGAUUUGUUAAGAGAUGGCUGACUUGGUGAUAAAGCAGGAAAUCAGAUGUUAUGUGUCCAUUUAAAUCCUUUGUGAAUCCACUUCACAAUGGCAUAACCGCUUGAAACUGUUUAGGGUUACCGAAGACAUUAUGAACCAUGUUAAGUUUGGCAUUGACAUCUUAAAAAAUAAGGAAACUAUUUAAUAGUUGACUUUUGACGAUGUAACGCUAAUACUUCAAAUAAUCAUAUCAUCUUGUCAUGGUCUAAAAGUCUGAUUCACUCUGAAUUUAAUCUUUGUCAAUAGUCCCUAAAGAGUUUGAGAAAAUAACAUUGAUGCAUUCAAAGAUGCUAAAAAUACUAAAGAAAUCUUCUUCUCAUGAACCAUAGGACCAAAUGACACCACAUUUGGAAUGUAGGCCUAUCGUAUGUCUUAACUUAGCUAAGGAAUUGGUCAGAUUUUACCUGUCCAUUUUAAACCACUGUAAAUCCACUCUGAUCUUGUCAUUUCUGUCAUCCUGUGAACCCCAUUCAUUGCUGCUUCCAGCUAUAUUUUAUGACUGUGUUUUGCUUUUCAUGUAUUGUUGCGUAUUAUAACAUGCAUUUUAAUGUGUAUGUGGAUGUGUUGUUAAUGUGUAUGUUGUAUUUUGAUGUGUAUUGUUGGGCUAAACAUGACUCAUCUGGAAAAGAGCCCUUGGUCUCAGCAUUGACUCCCUGUCAAAAUAAAGCGGGAAAACAUUUGUCAUGAUGGUU